AUGGCUUCCAUAGACGUGUCGACGCAGAGGAGCGCUCUCCUGAACGACGCGAAUGUUCUGGAGCAUCUACCUACCGAAAUACUAGAGGUUAUCAGAAAUCACACCUCAUCACGCCUCCUCGACGCCGUUGCAGAGGCUGCUCUCAUUCCCCAACUUACAGAUCGAAUUUUCAUUCACUUUGAGAAUGUCUUUCCAGAUAUCUGCGCCCGUUGGCUCCUCAACCUCGACAACCAAACCGUCAAUAGCAAAAAUAGACAAGUUCUUGCGUCUGUUGCGAGGAUAUUACCAUUUGCUCCGUAUUUAUCGGAAUUCCUGCAGCAUGUCAUGAGAGACGACUUGACGAAAACGACAUCGGACACCAUCCAGACGCUCACCCUCCGAUUCCCAAAACUCACCACUUUUUCUCCCACACAAGAUUCCGACCUUUUGAAGCUACUAUUAGCAGCAUGGCGGCUUGUCUGUUUCGAUCAAAGGACAUACGGCAUCCUGGUCUCACCAACACACAUGCAAACUCUCUUCUCACAUGAGUGCCGCGCCGUCCGGUACUUGGCCAUCCGCAUCUUCACCCAGCUCCUCCGCGCUGCCGACUCGAAGCUGGAAGCUCUCAUCACCGAGCACGUUGGUGCGACGGAGGCCGUCCUUGCUGACUUUGAUGGGCGCGAGGUAGACUACGGAUUCCUGAGUCUGUAUGAAGAUGCGCGAAUCAAGCAGAUAUCGACCCUGCGCCGGGAGCUCUGCGGUGCCUCACAGAGCAAUGAAAUCCACUCUUCUUCACCGCAAUCCCUCACUCCCUAUGUUGCGUGCUACGGCAAGACAAUACUGCCGAGACCGUCGGGACCCGUGGACAAGGCCUCGUCCCUUGUGCUGACGUCCACUACCACCAAAAACCUUGAGAUUGCAAAGGAGUUUGGAAAGCAUUCUGAGAUGGUGACAUUGCACAUCAAUGAGCAAACAGACGCAAAGAUGCUUAUUGGACUCUAUUCAACCGACUCAAAACCGGGGACCUUUUCAUGGAGGGCCGGUGUGCUGACAACCGCAGUCAGAGAAGGUCGCUGGGUUCUCAUCGAAGACCUGGAUAGAGCACCCAACGAAGUCAUCAGUACACUUCUCCCCCUGAUCGAGCGCGGUGAGCUCCUCAUCCCGAGCAGGGGUGAGCGUAUCAAGGCUGCCAACGGAUUCCGUCUCUUUGGCACGGUGAGAAGCUCACGCGGCAUGCAUGGUCGCGAGACGCUGCCUAACCUCCUGGGCAUGCGGUUCUGGCAGCUACUCUCGGUACAGACCCCUACAGAGACCGAGCUACAGGAUAUCAUUGUUGGAUCCCACCCCAUCUUACACAAGUUUGCGCCUGGCAUUCUUGCUGUGUACAAGCGUUUGUCAAAGCCAAUGUCCGGCAGCGUUCCCCUGUCGUCCAGCCGCGGCAUGGCCGACCGUCAAACCAGCUUGCGAGACCUGUUGCGGUGGUGCAGACGCCUUGCAGCUACACUACACGAGGCAGGCUGCAAAACUGGCGAGGAACCUGUCACUGACACUAUUCGAAUGAACAUGUUCAAGGAGGCCAUUGACUGCUUCGUUGCUGGUAUUCCCGACGUUCAGGCCAGACAGCACUUCAUAUUCGGCAUCGCUGAGGAGAUGCAUAUGCCGAAGGAGCUGGUCGAGCAUCACUUGGGAAGCUACAUCCCGGAGCUCGAGCAAAACGAUAGUCUUUUCAAGAUUGGCCGAUCAACACUGCGCAAGCGGAAGGACCGCGUGAACAAGGCCGCCCUAGCCAAGAAGCCCUUUGCCAGUACAGCACAUGCGAAGAAGUUGUUGGAGCAGACCGCAGUAGCUGUAAACCUUGGCGAGCCGAUCCUACUCGUCGGUGAGACUGGUAUCGGAAAAACGACGGUCGUCCAGCAGCUGGCCGAUACGCUGGGUCACAAGCUGGUCGCAAUUAACCUGUCCCAGCAGAGCGAAGCCGGAGAUCUUCUCGGAGGCUUCAAGCCUGUCAACGUGAGGAGUCUGGCUGUUCCUCUGAAGGAGGAAUUCGAGGACCUGUUCUCGGCGACCGGCAUCUCGACAACGAAGAACCAGCGCUACCUCGAACAGCUUGGAAAGUCAUUCGCCAAGGGACAAUGGGCGAAGGCAGCCAAGUACUGGCGUGAAGCGCCAAAGAUGUUUAGGAAGAUCGUCGACGAGCUUGCCCGGCGCGAGAGGGAGCAGAGCCAAGUCCGUGACGAGGCAGGCCAGCCCACGAAGCGCCGCAAGACCGAGUCCAAGCUCCAGAGCCUCAUGGAACUCAGCCCCCGUUGGGACAAGUUCUCGAACAGCCUGGAACAAUUCGAGAUCCAACUGUCUGGAGGCUCAACCGCGUUCGCAUUUUCAUUCGUGGAGGGUAACAUCAUCAAAGCCGCCCGGAAUGGUGACUGGGUGCUCCUUGACGAGAUCAAUUUGGCAUCGCCUGACACUCUGGAAGCCAUCGCGGACCUACUGACAGGACCCGUUGAGACCCCUUCGAUUCUGUUGUCCGAAACGGGAGAGAUCGAGAGGAUCAGAGCGCACCCGAACUUCCGCAUCUUUGGUGCCAUGAACCCGGCGACAGAUGUGGGCAAGCGUGAUCUUCCUAUCGGUAUCCGGUCUCGUUUCACUGAGCUCUACGUUGACAGUCCUGACAAGGACGUGAAGGACUUGGUCACCAUUGUCAAGACGUACCUGAGGAACAGCAGCAUCAAGGAUGAGCAUGCCGCAGAUGAUAUUGCGGCGUUGUACAUGAACACCAAGAGACAUGCCGAGGAGAAGAGAAUCGUGGACGGAGCCAACGAAGUGCCGCAUUUCAGUCUUCGUACUCUCACCCGAGUCUUGACAUUCGUCAACUACAUCGCCCCCUUUUACGGCAUUCGUCGAGCCUUGUAUGAGGGUUUCUCCAUGGGAUUCCUUACCCUUCUCGACAGGAACUCGGAAAAGAUGGUCAUGCCGUUGAUCGACUUUCACCUGUUUGGCCGAGUCUCCAAUCCACAAUCUUUGCUUUCACAACCACCAAGACAACCAGAUGAUGGUAAACAGUAUGUGCGGUUCCGUAACAAGGCAAAGGACCGUCAUUACUGGCUUGCUCAGGGAGAAGAACCAACUCUAGAGCGAACCGACUACAUCAUCACGCCCUAUGUCGAACGCAACCUUCUCAAUCUCGUGCGAGCGACAUCUACGCGGCGAUUCCCCAUUCUCAUCCAAGGCCCGACAUCAGCAGGAAAGACGAGUAUGAUCGAGUACCUUGCCAACUUCACGGGCAAUAAGUUUGUGCGCAUCAACAAUCACGAACACACGGACCUGCAAGAAUACCUGGGAACGUAUGUGUCGGACUCGUCAGGAAGACUUCGUUUCCAAGAAGGUCUCCUCGUGCAAGCCAUGCGACAGGGCCACUGGAUCGUCCUGGACGAGCUGAACCUUGCUCCCACCGACGUCCUGGAAGCACUGAAUCGUCUUCUCGACGACAACCGAGAGCUCCUGAUCCCCGAGACACAGGAAAUCGUGCGACCGCAUGAGAACUUCAUGCUGUUCUCCACACAAAAUCCUCCUGGUCUGUACGGUGGCCGCAAGGUGCUUUCGCGUGCGUUCCGGAACCGUUUCUUGGAGCUGCACUUUGACGAUAUCCCCGAGGACGAGUUGGAGUACAUCCUCCAAAACAGAAGCAUCAACACUGCGCCCUCGGACUGUAAGCGAAUCGUCACAGUCUACAAGGAGCUCUCUCGUCUCCGCCAGACGAGUCGACUGUUUGAGCAAAAAGACAGUUUCGCAACGCUCCGUGACCUGUUCCGAUGGGCCCUGCGAAAGGCAGACACACGAGAGCAAAUUGCCAUCAAUGGAUUCAUGCUUCUCGCCGAGCGUGUCCGAGUCGAAGAGGAGCGGACUGCGGUCAGAGAGGUCAUCGAGACAGUGUUCAAGGUCAAGAUUGAUCCAGAUGUCCUAUACACUGCCAACUCAUCACCAAUCUUGACCGCCGUUCUGGGCAAGGCCAACAACCAUGGCGUUGUGUGGACUCGUGCCAUGCGUCGUCUCUAUGUUUUAGUGCAUGCUGCAAUCCUCAACAACGAGCCAGUCCUUCUCGUUGGUGAGACUGGAUGUGGCAAAACCACCGUUUGCCAGAUUCUCGGCGACGUACUCGGAAAGGAGUUGCACAUCGUCAACGCUCACCAGAACACCGAGACGGGAGAUCUCAUCGGCUCCCAGAGACCCGUGAGAAAUCGCGGUACCAUCUCAGAGACACUCAAGAGCGAUCUGCGUGCUCUCCUUGGAGCGCUUGGCGAAGACGCGACAGGCCCGCUGGACGUGCUGCUGCAACAAUACCACGGCCUUGGGGCGGAUAAGCUGGCCAGGGUCGACGCUGCCACGCAGGAGAAGAUCGCAUCCUUGGAAGCCAAGAGCAAAGCCUUGUUUGAGUGGUCGGACGGAAGUCUCGUUCACGCCAUGAAGGCUGGCCAGUAUUUCCUUCUCGACGAGAUUUCUCUCGCAGACGACUCGGUCCUGGAGCGUCUGAACUCGGUUCUCGAACCUGGACGCUCUCUCCUUCUGGCAGAGAAGGGUAUCGACAACUCGUUCGUCACCGCGACAGACGGUUUCCAGUUCUUCGCCACCAUGAACCCGGGCGGCGAUUUCGGCAAGAAAGAAUUGUCGCCGGCGCUGAGGAACCGUUUCACCGAGAUCUGGGUCCCUGCCAUGUCCGAGAUGGACGACAUGCUUGACAUUGUCGUUUCCAAGCUGGACCCGUCCUUCCAGGCUUUCGGAAAGCCUGUGGUACAAUUUGCCCAUUGGUUUGGACAGACUUUCAGAUCGUCGUCCUCUACCGCCUUUUCGAUCCGUGACAUCCUCAUCUGGGUUAACUUCAUCAACCUGUGCGGCCCUGCCGCACCCCAGUUUGCUAUUGUUCACGGCGCAGCGACCGUCUUCAUUGACAGCUUGGGUGCCAACCCCUCGGCAUUACUAGCGAUGGACCCCAAGGCGCUCGACUCACAAAGGCAGAAAUGUCUUGACAAGCUAAGCGAGCUUCUUGGGUACGAUACCACAGCAGUCUACCGCGCUCAGCCCGAGGUCGUCUUGACCGACGACAGGCUGUCCAUCGGCGAUUUCGGCUUGCCCCGGGAAGCAGGCCGUUCCACAGACCCCAGCUUUGCGUUCAACGCCCCAACCACGAGACUCAACGCCAUGCGAGUUAUGCGUUCCCUCCAAAUGCGGAAGCCCAUUCUGCUCGAAGGUAGCCCUGGUGUUGGCAAGACGACCCUUGUGGCUGCACUGGCUCGUGUUUGCGGCCGUCCCCUGACUCGUAUCAACUUGUCAGACCAGACCGAUCUGAUGGAUCUCUUUGGCACGGAUAUGCCUGUCGAGGGCGCCGAAGCUGGCAAUUUUGCUUGGCGCGAUGCUCCUUUCCUCCAGGCUAUGCAGAAUGGCGAAUGGGUGUUGCUGGACGAGAUGAAUUUGGCCUCUCAGUCUGUUCUGGAAGGUCUCAAUGCCUGUCUCGACCAUCGUGGCGAGGUAUACAUCUCAGAACUUGACCAGGUUUUCAGGAGGCAUCCUGACUUCCGGUUGUUCGCUGCACAGAACCCUCAUCACCAGGGAGGUGGUAGAAAGGGUCUUCCCAGCUCCUUUGUGAAUAGAUUCAUCGUCGUUUACGCCGACACCUUCACAGCGGAAGACCUCCUGCUUAUUGCUCAACACAACUUCCCGACUAUCCCGACUGAUGUCGUAAGCGGAGUCAUUCAGUUCAUUUCUCGCUUGGACCACCAAGUCGCAAUCGAAAAGGCAUUUGGCGCGCACGGCAGCCCCUGGGAGUUCAACUUGAGAGACAUCCUGAGAUGGUUGCACCUCGUUGCCACCAAGGACCCCCUUCUGGCCACCGGCAAGCCAGAUGACUUCCUGGACCUCAUCAUCCGCCAACGCUUCCGAUCUUCCACGGAUCGUGAUGAGGUGAACAAGCUCUUUGCCGAGGUCUUUGCCAGAGAGCCAGAAAGCCACAGUCUCUACCACGAUACCAACGCGGCCUUCUCUCAAGUCGGAAAUGCACUCCUGCCCAGAAACCAGACUUCUCAACCAUUGGAACUGCCAGGCAUCGAUAUCGUUCCGCGCCUGCCUGAGAUUGAGUCCCUGAUGAUCUGCAUUAAGCAAGACAUUCCAUGCAUCCUCAGUGGACCCUCUGGUAGCGGAAAGUCGGUGCUCCUCGAACAUGUCGCCGCUCUCGUUGGCAAGCCCCUCGUUGUAUUCCCUCUGAAUGCUGACAUUGAUACAAUGGACUUGGUCGGUGGCUUUGAGCAGUCAGACCCUCUUCGCGAAGUCAACGCGACUUUGCGCGAGCUUUACGAGGGUCUGCAGACCACAGUCUUGACCAGAGUGCCAAUUGAACAACUGCUUGCGGAAGUGUCGAGUGAGUCGGAUAUUGGGGCCCUCCUUUACACGGCUCAUUCGGUUUUGCGGAAUUCGUUGACUGUCACCAACCCCCGUUUCGAGUGGCUCGAUGGUGUCAUUGUCAAGGCGUUGGAGACCGGACAGUGGCUGGUGCUUGACAAUGCCAACCUGUGCAACGCCUCCGUUCUGGACAGACUCAACUCACUUCUUGAGCCUAACGGCUUUUUGAGUAUCAACGAGCACUGCGGACCUAACGGCGAGCCUCGUAUCAUCAGGCCGCACCCAGAGUUCCGUAUCUUCCUCACUGUCGAUCCCCGGUAUGGAGAACUUUCGAGAGCCAUGAGAAACAGAGCCGUUGAGAUCCAUCUCAGCGAGAGGAAGACGCAAACCGUCAACAGCUCCGGGUCUCAAGGUCACGUGGAAAGCAACCUGCAACGAUUCUCUUCCUCAAAGGACAUUUCCUUCUCGGCCUUGAAUGCGAACGAAUCCUCCGAUGUCAGCCAUGCCACGUUCGGAAACCUGUCGCUAAGAGACACAGCCCUCAUGGAGAGAUUCUCUCACUCUCUGCGCCGUGGCCUGGCUGAUCCUAGCUGGCCCGGACUCGACAAGUACGAAGGUUCACUCAAUGAGCAACUCGGGUUCCUCGAUGCUGCCGAUACAGCUAGCUUCCGCGGCGCAAUUUCCCAACUCUAUGCCAAACUGCCUGGCUCCGACUCGGGUCUCAGAGAAGCCCAGCCUCUUAACCCUCUUCACAACGCUUCCAUGGUAAGAGUCUUGGGUCGCAACAACGACGAAUUGCCUUUCUGGCUGUCUGUCUGCUACGAGUUUCUCUUGGAGGUUCAACGUUGCCAAUCUGCCAUUUCUGCGCAAGCCACCAAGGCCAAGGCGGUGAAGCUCGCUUCUCUGAACCGACUCCAACGAUCCAUCGUCUCGGACCGCAUCGCAGCAGUAGCAAAGGAUUCGACAGUUAGGGUAUCAAAGUUCCUGUCAAGAACUCUCCAGGUCAUCAAGACCUUCAUCCAGUCCAACCUCGCGACAGCCCAAGGCUGGAAGGAACGCGCCCAAGUAAUCCGGAACAUGCUGGACUUCUGGUGGCGAACCUUCCACCUGACAACCGGAGACUUGUUUGAGGAAGCACGCUUCCAAGCUCAUUUGGUCCAUGGUGUUGAGGCCGUGCAGAAGCUUCUUUCAUCAGAAACACAACCCAUCAACAAGCAGCUUGCCGAUCGCUACCUUCAGACUGUUGAAGAAGACUUCACCACUGGCUUCCGCCUGACCACUGGCUUGAGCAUGGAGGUCAUGUGGAAGCGCAUCAAGCCGCUCCCCAUCAUGAGCGAAGAGACCCUCAAGAGAAGUCAAGAGAUUGAGCGUCUGGGCAUUCGACUUGACGAGCUCAAAUGGAAGGUCAAGGCAUCCGUCUCUGACCUCGCCAGAGCCAUGUCAACCCUCGUCAAGGCGGAUCAGAUUGUGCGAGGCACUGAUCUCGACGCCACCGAGCUUAUCCAGGACCUCUCCAAGGAGAUUGAACUUUUGGAAGCCAAGGUCGGCUCUGAGACCAGCGAAGUGAAACCGUUCUUCGCAGCAGAGUUCGAGACCCUCCGCCAGGCUUCCCUCUUGAAAUCUCAUGCCGGCCAAUACCUGGAAGCUGUGCCCUACGGCGCCAACGACGCUGAACUUACGGUCUUGUCGAACCAGAAUACCAUCGAACAGAUCCGCCUAGGCAGCUUCCAGUCUAGAGAAGCGCAUUCGCUUACGGUUGGCCAGCUCGCGUCCCAAGACCCGGGCACUCAUGUGUGGAAUGGCAGACUCGCAACGUCCCUCUUGUCAAGACUCAACUCGAUUCAAUCAACUAGCCUGCGUUCCCUAGGUCUCCUAGAGACCGAGCUCCCUGCCUUGGGCCGGUCCGUGGCCGCCUUGGCUCCGGUGCUACAGAAGAAUCAAAUCGUUGCCCUCAACAGAGUCAUCAAGUCACUUAUCGCAGAUGUCUUCAGCCUGUAUAGCGAUGAAGGAGACGUCCACAACGAGACGCUAUACAACAGAAUCAACCAAAUGUUCGAGGACAACAAACAGGAUGACACUUCGGGCACUGUGGGGAAAGUCCUGGGUCUUGGGUUUGGGAAAGCGCUUCAGUGCAGCGGAUGGCCGCAACAUCUGCCGCGACUUGUCGAGGAUCACUUCAGUACGGCGAUGCUUUACGUCGUAGCAUCUGACAGGUUGUUUGCAAACCCAGAUGAGACCGAGACCGAUGAGGCCUUCAUGAUGCCCGCGUUUACUGCCAUGUCAUGGUCCGAAUUUGCCAACGGCGCCAUCAGGCUCUACGUGCCCGACAAAUCUUUCGACCCGCAACUCCGACCGCAGUUCGAAAAGGACGUCCAUGAUGAGUUGACCAACCAGCUGCAGCAUAAGCUCUCAUCUUUGUUGGAUUUUGAAACCCAAUUCACUGGACAGCAGACCUCUCUUCGCAUCCAGCUUGCGCAAGAGGAAGUGACCGCACUGGGACCUGCGCCAGCACCGGCGCAUCUGUUGUAUCGCCCGGUUCGAUCAGAACUCAACUAUGUUCAGACAGACUUCAACAACGUCCUGAAAAUGGUUAGAGAUCAAGAUCUCUACAACACGCACACCGGACUCGUCUACUUGCCACCUGGUCGUGACCCAGCGCCGGAAAUUGGUCUCCUUAAGCAGAACCUAGCUCUGAUGAUCGACCGCCUUGCCAAUCGAUUCCAUGCCUACCAAGAUAUGACUCGUCCUCUCGUCAAUCUUCUCGGCUGUAUCCAGGUCGGUCUUUCGUUGAGUACAGGACUUAUCACCUUGAGAGAGCAAAAGGGAUCUUUGAACCCGGAGGAAAACCUCAUGCACCUCACGCCUUUCACUGGCGGCCUGCCGUACCACCACGGGCUCAAAAAGAUGCCGAACAAGAGCUUGGAGUUCCUCGACUACAUUGGUCUGAUCGCAUCAGUCGAGGGCUUGUCAAAGUUGAGCGGUGGUAUCCGCGAAGCGCUCUUUGAAUGCGUCCACAGGUUUUACCAAGAAUGGGUCAAGAAACUCGAAGAAGACCGCAAAGCCGAGGAGGCCAGAACAAACCUUUACCGGCACAAGGGAAGCUGGGAGGACGAGGAGGAGGUCGACGAGGAAGAGUUCAAUGAGCUGUUCCCCACGUAUGAUCAGGAAGAAGAAGAGAAGCCCGCCAUUGGCCACCAGAAGGUUCGCGAUGUGUCAGUCCGUCUGGCAGAAUCUCAUCGCAAGGUCUUCCUGGAGCAACUCACCCCUUCCGAAGCAUUGACGAACGUCUGCAAGAAGGUUGGAAACAGCGUUGCGGCGGAUAACAAGGACAAGUACGCUGUCCUGCCGAACAUGACGCGUCGUCUUCUUCCCCUGACUCUCUGGUCCAUUGACGAGCAAAUGAGCACGCUCACCGCGAACGGGGUGAGCGCUACGUACAACUUUUACACCCACGCCAACCUGCCCGAGGUUCGUCGCCUGAUUGCGCUCGUCGACAAGGUAGAGGCUCGCUUCCGGGAUCUCCAACAAGUCGAUGAGAUCGGUCACAUGCAGCCUUUGGCAGAUGUGCGCGCAGCUUGCGACCAACUCCUCCAGCUUACUCACUCAGAGCCCCUGGCCAAGAUCCUCCCCAAGCUGGAGCACCUGCACGGCAUCGUCUACGAGUGGCAGCACGGAGGCUACGCUCCCGCCAUCUACGGAGCCCCUGCUCUCUACACAUCGCUGACGGAUACCAUCAUCAGCUGGAGACGCCUGGAGCUCUCGACGUGGGCGAAGCUCUUCGACAUGGAAGCCCAGAAGUGCACAGAAGACGCCGACUCGUGGUUCUUCGUCGCCUACCAGGUCCUUAUUGCCACGCCUCUGUCUCUUGUCGACUCCCCCGAACUCAAGGACUACGCGGUCAAUCUCGUCAGAGAGCUCGAAACGUACUUCUCAACCGCAAUCAUUGGACAGUUCUCUGCCCGCCUUAGACUCCUGAGACAGCUGCAAAAGCACCUCGAGCUGCUCACGGUCGACUACCCUUCCUUGGCAGUGGUCUCUGACGCGGCCAUCAACUUCAUUGGUUUCUACUCCCGCUUUGAGAAGAUCGUUCACCAGACAAUUGUAAAGGGACGGGCGCCGUUCGAGAAGACUAUGAAGGAGGUCGUACUGUUGGCCAGCUGGAAGGACACGAACAUCAACGCUUUGCGUGAGAGCGCACGCAAAUCUCACUUGAAGCUCUUCCGUCUUGUUCGUAAAUUCCGCACCCUUCUCGGACAGCCGAUGAAGCCUAUCCUGGACCAAGGUAUCCCCGACGAGGAUGUCCCCAUUCCCCAGGAUGCAGUGGCCGUGGACGCGAUUGACAUCAAGGUCGAUCCCGCAGCCAUCAAGACCUGCGAUCAAGGCUUGCCAGGCUGGCUUACUCAACACAAGCGUCUCUCGAACGCCUCAAAGACGCUGUCCAUCAUGGCCAACGUUUCUGUCCAGGCGAACCAGAGCCCCCUCGACGCCACCCAGGAGAUCAUCUCGUACGUCAAGGAGCUCAACACCUCCAUUUCUGAGCUGCGUAAGGAGACACCUAGCACCUUGACCGAUGAGACCAAGGACCAGGUCAAGCACCUCAAGACACGUAAGCGCAACCUCUUUGCCGACGUCCUCAAGAUGAUGAGGCAGAUGGGCUUCCGAUACAACCUUGGAACCGACGAGCUGGCCCGACAAGAGUCUGCCGCCAUUGUGUUGGCUGGCUCGCCCGCCUCCGCUGUGCGGGAGGGCAGCACCGACGACGCCGCCGAGUACUACUUCCACAAAGUUGUCGAUAUUGCGCCCAAGGUCAGAGCCUCGAUCCACGAAUACUCGGGCGAUCUCACCGGUGCCGAGAUGCAACGAAGCACCGGUUUUAUGGAGGGUAUGAUGGCCGUCUUACUGGGCCAACACAGCUCUCUGUCUUCUGCUCGUAGCGCAGUUGCCUCACUCGACCGCGCCAUUGCCACCGUUGAAAGCUUGAAGGGCACGACCAUCAAGCACGAUAUCAAUCGUCAGCCCGCAGGCCUCUCUACGAGCUGGAUGAAACCAAUCUUGGACUUUGCUAUCAAGAUUGUGGACAUUCACGGAAAGUUGGCAUCGGUCGACAACCAACCCAUUUCCAACGGCCUGCGUACUGCGCUGCAGGAGUUCGAGACCCUGUCGGAGAGCUGGUCUACAUCUGCUUCAAAGCACGGCAAGUUCAGCAACGAAUCGCACGCCGAUAUGCAGACAAGAUACGAUUCUGUGGCGAAGACCUUGUAUGGCGAGCUUCCAGCUAGUCGCCGCGAUCUUGACUUCAUCUUGGAGCAGGUCAAAGGAUGGAUUUACGUUCCAAAUGGCCAUGCUCGCCAAUUGCCGGCCCUCGAUGCCACCGCACAGAAAUUCAAGCAUGCAAUUUCCAGUCUGUGUGAUGCCGUCCUGGUCGCGGUUCAAGGAUACAAGAAGGCCAUGGCUGAUCUGCCCAGCUCGUCCGACGAUGCAGGCUGGCUGGCAAAGACAUCCACUGUCCGCAGCUCUGGACUAAGUGCACUCCACAUCAACGCAAUCGUAGCCAAGGUCGAGGAUUGUUUUUCCGCCUUGGAGGUUGUCGACUUGGACAAGGACCAGAUGGGCGCAGUCGCCUCGUCACUCUUCUCCAUUGUGCUCCCGAUUCUCCAGCAGUACGCCCUCGCCUGUCACCAGAGCCUGUCUCAGCUUCAGAGCCUGCAAGCGGCGACAGGCUACAUGACAUUCAACCUGGCGCAGACCUUUACUCAGCUUGCCGCCAAGGGCUUCUGCUCCCCUCAAGAAAAGUCAGACGAGCAGUCUGGGGACUCUGGAAAGAUGGAAUCUGGAACGGGUCUUGGAGACGGAGACGGUGCAGAGGACAUUAGCAAAGACAUUCAGCCUGAUGAGGACCUCACCGAACUCGCUCAAGAACCCAACAAGGAGAAGGAUGGAGAGAUGGAGGACGAAAAGGAUGCAGUUGACAUGGCGGAUGAGGAGAUGGAAGGAGAAAUGGGCAGUGUCAAUGGAGAUGAUGAGGAAGACAAGUCCGACGGAGAAGGCGAAGAUGGUGAAAAGGAUGAGAUGGAGGAAGAGGUGGGCGAUGUUGAUGACUUUGAUCCGACUGCCGUCGACGAAAAGAUGUGGGAUGGAGACAAUGAAGAAGAAGCAGAGAAAGACCAGCAGGGCGAGAAGGCUAAGGGUCAGAAGAAGGACGAGCAGAUGGCCGCCGAUGCUGACGCCAAUGCUGAUGAGAAUGACGCCGAGGAUGACAACAAGAUGAACCAGGAUGACGACGAGGAGGCGGAGGACGAAGAGCCUGGUCCGGAGCAAGAGGACGCCAAGUUCGAAGACGACCAAGUCAAGCAGGACCAGAACGUCGAGGAGAACGAUGCUCUGGAGAUGCCUGAGGAGAUGGACUUCGACUUUGAGGAGGAAGGCGAAGAUGCCGGCUCCGAGGAGGAUGAGCUUGACAAGUUGUCCGACGUUGAAAAGGAAGAUGCCAAGGAGCAGCAUGAAUCCGACAUUGAGGAUGGAGAAGAGGAAACCCAGCGACCCGAUGAGAAGGGCCCUGAGGAGGAAGAUGAGGACGGCAAGGAGGAGGAAGCGCCCGAGGAAGACCUCGCGGGCGAACCCGAGCUCGACAUGGAGCCCAAGGCGGAGGAAGAGGAAGAAGAGACCGCCGAGCAAGAGCAGCCCGAUGCCCUCGCGGAGCCGCCCAAGGACAACGCCAACACUGACGCCAACGCUGCGCCGAGCGACGUCAAGGGCGGUGGCCAGGACCAAGACGUCGACCAGAUGGACGUCGAAAAUGACUUCAAUAACAACGCCGCCCAGCGCGACGACGGCGACGCGGGUGAAGGUUCCGCAGAGCAGCAGACAAGCGCCGGAAAGAAGGGCCAGCUCUCCCGGUCCGACGACCAGGCGCAGCCGACCGAUCAGGACCAGGACGACUCGGCCGAGGAGAAGAGCCGCCAGGAUCCCUUCAAGAAGCUCGGCGAUGCUCUGGAGCGCUGGCAUCGCCAGCAGAACGACAUCAAGGAUCCCGAGAAGCAGGACGGCAAAGAGGACGGCGAGAAGAAGCAGCCGCAGGAUACCAGCGCGGACCUCGGCGCCCGCGAGUUCCAGCACCUCGAGGAUGACGAGACCGCCGUCGACGCGCAGGCCAUGGGAUCCGCAUCCGAGGACCAGGUGCAGCCGAUUGACGAGGCCAUGGCCAUUGACGAGGAAAAGGAGGACCCGCAGAGCCGCGUGAUGCCCGAGGACCAGGACGUGGAGAUGGAGCAGGACACCGCAGACAAGAUGGACACCGAGGCGGAUGAGGCCCCCGAGGCGCAGGACAAGGACAGCGGCGCCGACAAGGACGACGGCCGUUCGGGCGUUAAAACGCGACAGGGCAACUUUGACCGCGAGCCGUCGCCCGAGGAAGACGAGGUCCCCAGAGGCGGUGACGAGGAGGAGGAGGAGCAAGCCAUCGAAGAGACGUCGACGCAGCUCUCGACGACGCACAUCAGCGAGGACGACAACACCCUACCCCUCGGCGACUUCUCCGAAGCCCUGCAGUCCUGGACGACCUUCCAGACCAAAACCCACCCGCUCUCCCUCUCCCUCACCUCCCAGCUCCGCCUCAUCCUCACCCCGUCCCAGUCCACCAAGCUCUCGGGUUCCUACCGCACCGGCAAACGCCUCAACAUCAAAAAGAUCAUCCCCUACAUCGCCUCCUCCUACAAGCGCGACAAGAUCUGGAUGCGCCGCGCCGUGCCCACCAAACGCUCCUACCAGAUCCUCCUCGCCGUCGACGACUCCCGCAGCAUGGGCGAGUCCUCCUCCGGAAACCUCGCCCUCGAGUCCCUCGUCAUGGUCUCCCGCGCCCUGACGAUGCUCGAAGUAGGCCAAGUCGGCGUCCUCGGCUUCGGCGCAGACACGUUCUUAGCGCACGACUUCGCCUCCCCCUUUGCCUCCCACGACGCCGGCGCAAAAGUCCUGCAGCACUUCCACUUCAAACAGGACCGCACCGACAUCGCCCUCCUGGUCCGCCGGACAAUCGACCACUUCCGCGCCGCGCGCCUGCAGAACCCGUCGCGCGGCGGCGGCGCAGAGGACCUCUGGCAGCUGGCGCUCAUCCUCUCGGACGGCCUGACGCCGUCGAACCAGCACGAGCCCAUCCGCCGCCUGCUCCGCGAGGCCAUGGAGGAGCGCAUCAUGGUCGUCUUCAUCGUCAUGGACGAAACGGGCAACAAGAAGGGCGACAGUGUGUUGGACCUCAAGGAGGCGAAAUUCGUCAAGGACGAGCACGGCGCGAGCCGCGUCGUGAUUGAGAGGUAUCUCGAUACCUUCCCCUUCCAGUACUACUUGAUUGUGCACAACCUCGAGGACCUCCCCGGCGCAUUGGCUGGGUUGUUGAGGACCUGGUUUGCCGAGGUCAACUCGUGA